GGAUCGGCCUGUUCAGAGACUCUGCCUGGAGUUGGUCAGAUGGGAGCAGUUUCUCUUUCAGAUCCUGGGAUCAAGGUCAACCUAACGAGACAUGUGCUAUGACUACGUUAAAUGGAAAUUGGAGCUCCGAUGUCUGUAAUAAAACCAAACCCUUCUUCUGCUACAACGAUUCAGUGAUCCUGAUCAAGGAGAACAUGAUCUGGGAGGAUGCGUUAUACUACUGCAGACAUCACCAUGGCGACCUUGUCUCCAUCACCAACCUGGACGAUCAGCGCUGGGUCCAGGAGAGAGCCAAGAUGGCCUCCACUCACCAUGUGUGGCUGGGACUGCGCUACACCUGCACUCUGGACUUCUGGUUCUGGGUCAGUGACGAGACGGUCCACUACAAGAAUCGGCGCCCCCCAGUCGGGAACGGACUGCAACAUGUCUGGAGCCAUGGACCGAGAGGGGACUUGGGUCAAACUGAUUGA